CCUCGUCCGGCCUCCAUGCCGUCACCGGGCAGGUGGAGCUGGACCGGGGGCCCCCACGGUGCCCCCCAGCCCGGCUGGGCCCCACCAGGCCGGAGGAAGGGGAAGUGCUGGCACGGGGGGGGGCCUGCGCCGGAGGAUGCCGCGGCUGCCCCAUGGAAGGUGAAGAAGGUGGCCCUCGUCUUGUGGAGACCCCCCCGAACACCAGGGAUGCCCAGGAGCUCCGGAAAAAGGGUGAGAAAGGAGCCAAGGGAGCAUCAGCCGCAGAGGAGCUGUCUGGGACCGGGGACACGGGGGACAGUGGUGCCCCCCCGGGGCAUCUGCAGCCGGAGCAGGACAUGCCACACUUGGAGCAUGGGGACGGUGGAACAGACGCUCUCCCGAAGCCCUCGGCUGCCUCGAUGGACAAGCAGAGGAGCACCGAGCUCUCGGCCCUCGACAGCUUCCCCCUGAAGCACUCGAACACGCUGACGAACAGGCAGCGAGGCAACGAGGUCUCAGCCCUGCCAGCCACGCUGGACACGUUGUCCAUCCACCAGCUUGCUGCCCAAGGAGAGCUCAGCCAGCUGAAAGAGCACCUUCGGAAAGGGGAGAACUUGGUAAAUAAACCCGAUGAGAGAGGUUUCACGCCGCUGAUCUGGGCUGCGGCCUUCGGAGAGAUCGAAACGGUCCGUCACCUUCUGGAAUGGGGCGCUGACCCCCACGCGCUGGCGAAGGAGCGGGAGAGCGCCCUGUCCCUGGCCAGCAUGGGCGGCUACACCGACAUCGUCAUCAUGCUGCUGGAGAGGAACGUGGACAUCAACAUCUACGACUGGAACGGCGGCACUCCUCUGCUCUACGCCGUGCGUGGCAAUCACGUCAAGUGUGUCGAGGCCCUACUAGCUCGCGGCGCCGACCUGACGACGGAGGCAGAUUCUGGCUACACCCCGAUGGACCUGGCCGUGGCCCUGGGACACAAGAAAGUCCAACAGGUUAUCGAAAAUCACAUCCUCAAGCUAUUUCUGAAAAAGGAGGCGGAGUGACGGGGCGGCUUGUUCUGCGCUGCUGCAGCACCAGCGCGUCUCCUGGCCGACGCAGGGCUCUCCUCUGGGACCAACGCCGGCCCGAAACGGGCAGCGGUGCGAUGCCUCAAGCAAGGAGCACGGGGAGGAGAAUGGGAACUGCCUGCCCU